AUGCACCGAUGCUCCCAAUGCGAGAAACAAUUGUUUCAAAUGGGUUUGUUCAUGGCCUCUUUCACCCAGCCUAGGACAGCAUUCACAUUUGCCUUGCUGAACAAUUUUGCGCUUGACAAUGUAGAGUCCGGCAAUUCUGCUAUGAACUACUACAAUAAAUUGCGGCGGAGAACGUCAAGUAUCUUCCCUCACCUAGUACCGGAUAGAUACAGGGAAUUGAUGAGAGUGGCAAGGCAAUGGCGGCAGCUGAAGCUUCUCAGAUGCAAUGGUUUCGCUCACGGAAAAACGCAUCCUAAACUGGGCGAGCUGGGUCUCUUCUGCCUGACAUGCCCACAACCCAGGAUCAAUGUUGCGCUGCCAACACAAUACAAUGAAAAUCUCCACCCAACAAAUCCGGAUGAUGAAGUAUGGCUCAUGGAUGGCCUCAGGUUCAUGGUCGGUAGAAAAUGGUACAAAGCUCACUUGGCUGUAGCAAUGGAUUCAAUGCAAAGGUCCAAGUGCAACAACCACCGGGCGCUACAGGCAUUGGUGGAUGUGCGAUUGGAAACUGCUUUGACAUUUUACGACAUGAAUUGCCAGUACAACAAAUAUCUAUUGCGUCGGGUCGAGGAGAGCCCAUAUUUGGCAAUCCCAUUUGGAAUGGAGGUCAUCCCAGGAAUUGGACUUUGGCAUGUGCGCGGUCACCAGGACCAGUGCUACAUGAGAUACACUUCGAAUUUUAUCAUGGGAGCGGCAAGAAUCAAUGGGGAGAUCAUGGAGACACUGUGGGCACCUCUCAAUAUCAUAUCUCCUUCCUGCCGAGGUAUGUCCACUCCUCAUUGGCAGGAGUGUCUUGACUACCAGAUGAACGACUGCAAUUUCAUGAAGAUGAUUAGGAUGAGUGAGACAUCUGAUGGCUGCAGAUAG